AUGGCUUCCGGGGCCGCGGCCGCCGCACGUCGCCUUCUGCUGUUGCGCCACCGCCGCCACCACCUCGUUCCCAAUCACCACUUCUCUUCCUCCUCGGCGGACGAAUUGCUGGACGGGGGCCGCGUCAAGAUCUUCGAUCGCGAUCUGAAGCGCCGACACCGGGACCGGGCGGCGUGGGCGAUGCGGGAAACUGAUCCACUGGUAGACGCGGUCGCAGAUAACCUCCUCGACCGCCUCGAGGACUGCAGGAAGGCGUUCCCCUCGGCACUCUGCCUCGGCGGUUCGGCUGGCGCCGUCCGCCGGUCGCUUCGCGGCCGCGGUGGAAUCGAGAAAUUGACCAUGAUGGACAUGUCGGUAGACAUGGUGAACAAGUGGCGGGAGUUGGAGAGUGCUACUGACGACGGCCCCGAGAUGAACUUUAUCGUUGGAGAUGAAGAGUAUCUUCCUAUCAAAGAGAACUCCCAGGAUUUGAUAAUGAGCUGUCUUGGACUUCAUUGGACAAAUGAUCUACCUGGAGCAAUGAUACAGUGUAGGUUGGCGUUGAAGCCUGAUGGCCUUUUUCUUGCAGCAAUUCUUGGCGGGGAGACUCUGAAGGAACUAAGAAUUGCAUGCACAAUUGCUCAAAUGGAACGUGAGGGAGGCAUCAGUCCUCGAAUGUCGCCAUUAGCACAAGUCCGUGAUGCAGGAAACCUUUUGUCAAGGGCAGGCUUCGCCCUUCCAGGAGUUGAUGUAGAUCGAUAUACAGUCAAGUACAAUAGUGCUCUUGAACUUGUGGAACAUCUUAGAGCAAUGGCAGAAACAAAUGCUCUCUUUCAAAGAAGCCCUAUAUUAAAGAGAGAUACAGCACUAGCUACUGCAGCCAUUUACCAGUCAAUGUUUGGGUUAGAAGAUGGAACCAUUCCAGCAACCUUUCAGGUAAUUUACAUGACUGGGUGGAAGGAGCAUUCAUCACAGCAAAAGCCUAAGAGAAGGGGUUCUGCCACUGUAUCAUUUGGUGACAUAAGGAAACAAUUUGGUUCCAACCAAGACUGA